AUGUCCGGAGCUCGUUUGUACAUGCAACAUCAGCUCACACGCAAAAACUUCCACAACCGCCUCCUGGAGCCCUGUAUACCUCCACCCACGUCUUCCUGCCGCGUCGCUGACGUCGCGUGCGGCACGGGAGUCUGGUCUCUCGAACUCUCCGAAGAAGUUGGUCCCGUCGGUAUCGAAGGGUUGGACAUCUCCUUGAAAGAUGUUCCAUCUGCAGAGUUCACGCCAGCACACGUGUCCUUCCAUCAGUUCGACCUCUUGCAAGAGCUGCCAGCAGAAAUGACAGGUCGAUUCGACAUCGUCAACAUACAAUUCGUAAUGCUCUUCAUAAAGGACUCCAAUUUCUCCAGCGCCCUGCAUCGACUUCUCCAAAUGCUCAAGCCCGGCGGUUGGCUACAGUGGACCGACAGCAAUAGCGCAAACCUGAAGUGGCCUUCGGGAACCCCAGGGAAAGUCGCUGUGCAGAUGCCCAAGCUCUUCUCGCUCACUAAAGAGCUAUGGGGUCAGUCGAAAAGCCAGUGGAUCGCCGAGAUAGGCCACCGCUUCUCGGACGCGGGUUUAGAAGAGGUCAAGGUUCUCAAGCCGAGUCCUCAGCCUUCAACGCUAGUGUCAACGCAACUGCAGUCCCUCUGGGGUCUCGAAGAUGGCUUUCAGUAUCUCCGGGGCAAGCUUCCUGCGGACGCCAUUCGCCGCUGGGACGAUCAGUAUGCUCUUGCGGUGGCUGAGACUCAAGAGCUAAAGUUGGGCUUUGACAUGAGUUUGGUGCGAGCUGUUGGUCGGAAACCCCUUUAA